CGGUGAGAGAGAGAGAGAGAGAGAGAGAGGGGCUCGUGAGCGAAGGGAGGCAGGGGGUUGGGUGAGGGAGAGGGCUUGACCGGGAGCUGCUGUGUAUGCACCUUUACCAGAGACACGUCCAACGAUAGGGAUCGCAACAUGGAGCGUAUCACAGAUGGACUCAAAGCUGUUAGAAUGUCAUCAGAGCCUGAAGUGCACCAGACAGAACUAUUGAAUGACCAGCAUGCACCAAAGGCCGAAGGUGGUUACGUGUGGCAAGUGACUGACAUGAUCCGCCUGCGCCGGUUUCUCUGUUUUGGUUCUGAGGGUGGGAAAUACUACACCAAUGAGGAAAAACUUAAGAAAGAAAAUGCUCAGGCCAUAUUGAGACUGAUAGAAGAAGGUAAAGGAGUUGAAGUUGUCCAGGAAAUAAAGACAUUCGGUAUUGAAGGAAGAGCAGCUACGCAAGAUCCUACUUUGUUCGCUUUGGCUCUUUGCACACAGUGCUCAGAUGCUACCACAAAACAAGCUGCGUACAAAGCUCUAGCUGAAAUCUGCCGCAUUCCAACCCAUCUUUUCACAUAUAUCCAGUUUCGAAAGGAUCUCAGUGGAGGGAUGAAAUGUGGUAUAUGGGGAAGAGCCCUGAGGAAAGCAGUGGCAAACUGGUACAACAGUAAAGAUGGGAUGGCAAUUGCUAUGGCAGUUACGAAAUACAAGCGGAGAGCAGGAUGGUCACACAAAGAUUUGCUUCGGUUGUCACAUCUGAAGCCAGCUAAUGAAGAUCUCACUUUGGUUACCAAGUAUAUUAUGAAAGGUUGGAAGGAGGUUGAAGAAGCCUACAAGGAUAAAGACAACUCAGAUGGAAUCCAGAGGUUAUUGAAGUAUUUUGAGGCUCUGGAGAGAGUAAAAAUCACCCAAGAUGAACAUGAGGUUGCUCAACUUAUUGAGGAGUACAGAUUGGUCAAGGAACAUCUACUAACUAAUCACCUGAAAUCACAGGAGGUAUGGAAGGCAUUACUGAAGGAUAUGCCUGUUAUUACAAUGCUUCGAAAUUUGGGGAAAAUGACUACAGAUUCCAUCCUUAAACCAGGAAGUGAAGAGGUUACUAUGGUGUGUGAAAGACUGAAUAAUGAGACUGUCUUAAAGAAGGCUCGAAUCCAUCCAUUUCACGUUUUGGUGGCUCUAGAAACAUACAAAGGAGGAAAAGGAAAUCGAGGAAAGCUAAAGUGGAUCCCAGAUCCAGAAGUUUUAAUAGCACUUGAUCAGGCGUUUUAUAAAGCUUUCAAGAAUGUAGAACCAACUGGGAAGCGUUUUGUAUUGGCCUUAGAUGUAAGCUCUUCCAUGUGCAGUCAAGUUCUAGGAUGCAGAGCACUUUAUGCAUAUAGUGUUGCUGCAGCUAUGGCAAUGGUAGUUGCACGCACAGAAACCAAUUUUACAAUAGUUGCUUUUUCUGAUGAAAUGGUUCCGUUAUGUAUCACUUCAGAAAUGGCACUGGAUGAAGUAUUUACUGCCAUGCAUGUGGUCCCAUUUGGUGCCACUGACUGUGCUCUCCCCAUGUUGUGGGCUAUCAAGACAAAAACUGUUGCAGAUGUGUUCCUUGUCUUCACCGACAAUGAGACAUAUUAUGGAAAUAUUCAUCCUGUAGAUGCCCUAAGAGAAUACAGAAAGAAAAUGGGCCUCCCUGCCAAAUUGAUUGUCUGUGGAUUGACUUCUAACGGUUUCACCAUUGCUGACCCGGAUGACAAAGGCAUGCUGGAUAUUUGUGGUUUUGACUCUGGGGCUCUGGAAGUCAUUCAAAACUUUGCGUUGGAUUUGAUUUAAAUAUCGGAAGAAACCACUGAAUUAUUUAGUUAGAGUAAUUACUCAUCAGGUUUCUAGGACUGCAUAAACGAAAAACUCUCAAAAUGGAUUGCUAGUUUCUUGGUAGAGUGUCCGUUUGAAUUAACGGGUCACUAUAAAUGGCAUGACUGUAAAUGGAUUUUAAGAAUGUUCUGUCACAGCGAAUUGUUUUAAUUAUAGUGUACUUUUGACUUUCCGAUGUGGAGGGAUUUGUAAUCUUAACUAGAAACAUCUAAGUAGACACAACCAAAGUUGUGCUCCUUUUUUUGUUCAGUGAGUUUACAUAAGACCAUUUUGACAGUAAAUAGGUUAAAUGUAGUAGUGGAGAACACUUUAAUUGUAAUUUUUUGCCGUGAGCAGGCUGACAAGAGUUGAGAUGUUUCAGUCGUGGAAAGGGAUAACGUUUUUGAGGAGGAUUGGGUCACAAAAGUAUUCUGAGACAAGAAUUUUUCUACUGCAUUGUAUUCCGUAGUUCUUUUAAUAGUAAUUACGUGAAAAGAAUUGAAGAAAGAUGAAGUGGACAUUAAAGCCAGUGUGGGAAUGUAGUAAACUAGAGUUUUUAUAGGCGGAUUGUGCUGAAUAAAAUAGACUUUAAAAGGUGAACCUACGUGCAAGUAUGCUACUACCUUUAAAAAAUUCUAUUAUUCAGCUGUCAGAUAUAAGAGUUGGGUUUAAAAGACAUCCGUAAGUGUCACAUACACAAAAAUAGAUUCUACUUAACAUUCACCAGCACUUUGUUUUGAAAUAGAUCUUAGAUUUUUGUAGCUACUGUCACUGAGAGUCUGGAGAAGUGUGAGCUAGAGAUAUAUUGAAGAUUAAUAUAACUCAGAGAUUAGGUUAACAAUUAAAUUUCAUUUUGCAGGCGUUAGCGCAGUGUUAGCAUUGCUGAUUGACAGGAACAAUCCGUCGUUCAAGUAAACUGUCUCAUGUAUUGAUAGUCAAUCUAGAUAGUUUUAAGCAUGAAAUCUUUACCAAACAUGUAUGCGAGCCUGUAUAUAAGGUAAGCCAUAAGUGACAUAACUUUGCUGAUCUGAUCAGCCCUUUUUGAUUCUAAGGGUCUGAUGCAGCUCGCAACAUGUUACCAAACUUAUCAAUUAUGCUUCCAAUGUGAUCCUGUUUGAAAAGAAUACAUAUGAAGAGUUAUGAAUUAACCCCAUGAACAAGCCACUUUUUGUCAGGAGAAAUUAUCUUCAUGAUUAAGGAAAGCGUAAGCUGUUACGAGCAUGUUUUUGCAGUGACUGGGAAUUCCAGACAUCACUACAGUGUGUUUUUGAAAGAACGGAAUGCAAUAUUAUAAUGUUAGAUAUGUAAAUCAGAGGGAAUGGGGCUUGUAUGAAGAUGCUAAAAUUUCGACAUAAUAAAAAUGGUGUUGGGAAAGAAA